AGGAGGAGGAGGAGUAGCUCAUGGUGGAACCAGGACGCAGCGCUGUGCGCUAAAACGCACCGGCGGUCACACUGAGUCAGGGUCAGUGGAGGAGGAGUUGAUCCACACUCUGCUCUCUGCCACUCUGACAAGCCGCUGUCAGACACAUUCAACACUCCCAGCACCGAGGGGAAGGCUGCAGCCACCAAGUGCGUCGAGAGAAAGCACUGCAGAGAGGAUAUCGGUGUUGUAUCGGAGGUGAGGAGUGAAUCCUGGACUCCCCGUCAGCGUCGGUUCUGCAGCUGCCACCUCAGGCGCCACUCACAUGGAUGCAAAACCCAAAUCCCGGGCCACCUCCACUCCUGAUGGGGGUGAGCAGGUGACCAGAGGCGGGGAGGAUAACCAUGGCUUGAAGCCUCUGAACCCAGCUGUCAAAGUUAAAGUUGCCAACUCUGCGUCCUUUCUGGAUGAAGAGUAUCAUCCUCUGCCUGGGGGUCCAGGAACCUCCACAUCCACCCAAGGCUCUGGUGGUGUUCGACCACCAGCUCUGGAGCCAAUGCCGCAACCCGCACCUGCUUAUCAGAGCACUCCUGUGGAUGGACGCACACAAUCAGCCCACAUCUGCACAUCUGACAUGGGCUUGACCUCCUCUGCUAUACGGACCAGAUCCAUCUGCACUGCCAGUCCCGAGCUUUACCCUGCACCACAAUGGACCACUUCCACUUUCUCUACAUGGACCACUGAGGAUCCUGCUGCUGCCACGCCGCUGCACACUCUUCCCGUCAAAGCUGAGAUGGAUAAGUCCAUGACUGCCACCACAAAGCCUUUCCUAUUUGCCAGGGUUCUGGACUGGUUCCAGGCGAUCCCUGCUGUGCAGUUCGAGAUGGCCACUGACAAAAAGAACUCAAACACAACCAGUUCUGUUCCAGAAGCCGGGGGAGAAACAAUAGUGAGAUGCAGACACGCCAUACAGAUGGAGCAGCAGCUGAGAUCUGUUCUGGACAAAAAAGAGGAAGAACUGAGAGCAGCCCGCCAUGAAGCGAGCGAGAUGAAACGGCAUUAUGAAGAUCAAAUUGGAAAAUUAAGCUCUGCUCUGCAACAAAAACAAGAAAUGCAGACAAUCAUAGAGAGACGUCAGGGGAAUGAGCAGCAGUUCCAGGCAAGAAAUGCCAUGCCGAUGGAGCAACAACUCAUCCAGAUUAGAUCUGUUCUGGACAAACAAGAGGAAGAACUGAGAGCAACCCGCCAUGAAGCGAGCGAGAUGAAACGGAAUUAUGAAGAUCAAAUUGGAAAAUUAAGCUCUGCUCUGCAUCAAAAGCAGCUUGAAAUGCAGACAAUCACAGAGAGACGUCAGGGGAAUGAGCAGCAGUUCCAGUCAAGCUAUAUCAGCAGGAUAACAUCUGGUCUCCAAACAGUCUUCCAGCAUGUUAUGUCCCCCUUCAGCAGUGCCAUUAGCGGCUGGUUUGGGACACCAGACCAAGAUUUCAGAUUUACACAAAUGGAAAGCUAUUACAAACAAGAGCUUCACAAAUACAAUUGUGCUCUGGGGGAAAGGGCGAACGAAGUGGAGGGCUACAAACAGCGCAUGGCAGAGAGGGAAAGCUAUUUCCAACGGAAAAUGGACGAGAAGAGGUCCAUCCUUCAACAAAGAGAAGAGGAACUGAAAUCCUUCAAAGACAGAGUUGCAGGAGAGGUUGCACUCUCAAUAAAGACAGGAAAAAAUGAAAGCAUGAACAAUCCUGUCAGUAAGACCAGGCUCAAGGAGAUGUACGAGGACCUGAGGCUGCAGUUUCUGACCAUCAAAAAUCGUCUCAAAUCAAGCAACUACAGACCAGACUCUGUCAAAGCUUCGCUUCAGGGGAUCUUCACUACUGCAGCAGAGAACAUGGAGCAAAAAGCAAAGGAGAUCGACCAAAUAUUUGGACUGAAUGAGGCCGACAGCAGCCCCGUAUCCCAAAAGGUUAAUGAGUACAGAAAGGCAACGGUUCAGUAUCUGCAGCUGACGCUGUACCACAACAGCAAAGAGGAAGCUGAAUCAAAGAUGGCUUCACUUCAAAACGAAGAGAGUCCCGAGGCUGUGAUGGAGCUCCUGACCUCUCACUGCCAGUGGCUGGCGAACCUCUUGGCUUUGAACGAUCCUCCUCUUCAGCCCGACUGGGAGAAUCAUGACCCAGGGAUGAACAAGUGGGACAUUUUACCACGAAACCUCAAUUCUUCCUCUGCCCUUUAAAGGACCACCAUCCAGCGCCAGCACAAAAGGGUCCUGUCUAAACAGUCCAGUGUGCACACUUGAAUACCAGUGUGCUGGUGUGUAUUUGUCUCAGUGCACGUCUGAUUUACAGUGGGGACAUGGAGGGGUGGAUGGGUGGGUGGCGGGAUGGGUGGAAGAAAGAUCACAGUAAAACACUUUGUAGAAUCAGUCUUGGGAAUUGGGCCACAUUAUUUAUGGGCUGCACACUUUUCGUUGACACUCUAUCAUCGUUCACAGCAGAAAUAUAGCAGAAGUCUGACUUCACUGUAAAUGUUGUGUUUCCAUGCGCCAAACAUUCGAAUGGUGUCCUGCUGACCAGGAGACUCAGAUCCUGAUUAGAUGAGAGAGGAGGGAGCUUGGUGAGCAGAGAGGAGAAUCUCACAUGUAAAUGAGUGAAGGCUGUGAAUACAUGGCAGGUUACUCACACCUGAUGUGAACGAAGGACUUAACAAAGUCAUGUUUGGGUUUGUUUGUUUUUUUGGUUGGGUGCAUAUGGUGAAGCUCAAAUAAUGAACGUCUCAAAAAUGUGGUGUGAGCCUCAGCUGUGGAUCAGACAAUGGAACAGCAGGAGGAGCAGCCGUAUUUUUUCUGCCUUUCCUCUCUCUAUCUAUGAACGUCUCAAAAAUGUGGUGUGAUAUCAGGGGAAAAAGUACAUAAUUAUAUUGAACUCUAUCAUAUUUGUAUGCUGGAGACAGGAAGUCUGUCUGCAAGCGUCAGUGUGAUGUUUUUGUGAAUCAGAGAUCGGAUAAGGGGUCAGCACUCAAGUUGGGAAAUGCGGGGCACUUCGGCCAAAGGAGUUUCACCCAUUCUCUCAUUUGUGUGUAUUGAUAUGAUUUGUGUUGACAUCAGAUAACUAUGAAGUUGCGUUGCAUUUUAUUUGACUCCAUGUGAAAAGUGAGCUGUUUUUGCACCUCGCUACAUCAGUUUGUCCUCACACUUUAUUGUGGUGGUUCUAACUCUUCAUGCCUUCAGUUCAGCGACGUGACUGUCUCCUGCUGUAACCAGUGUAAAGACGUUGCCUUUCUCUCUGAGACUAAAUGAAUUGAACAUUAUCUGUGGGUCAAAACAUGGACGUCAGAAUGGCUGUGGCUCACAAACUGAGAGGCGGGCCUGAUCCUUCAGGUGCCAGAGAACUGAAGAUCAGCCCUGCAAGAGGAGCAAUCUGAGGGGAAAAAGCUGCCUUUUCCCUGCAUGUUUGAGAAAGAAAAAAAAACUAUGGAAAAAUAAAAGGUGG